CUUCCGAAUCCGAAUCAUCCUUGUCAUAUCGUUAAAGUUAUUACAAUUUUAUAAAUUAUUAAAUUAUUUUAGUUUAUUUUUUGUUACUUUAUAGUUAUUUUUAACAAAAACGUAUCGAUAGAAAAAACAAACAAGUGGUAGGGUUAAACGGUUAACUCUAGACCUCAGGCUUCGGCCUGCGGUCACAAGAUCACCGCAACAACAAAAAAAAACAAGCGUAAACUGCAAAAUUGUUUGCCAUACUUCCCCCAGUAUAACACAAUUAUUUCACAACAUAUUUUGUUACCCCGCUAUCAUGUCUCAGUGGAACAACACAUACGCUUACAACAACCAGUACCAAGCCUGGAACGGCGACCCGAACGUUCAAUAUGUUAACCAAGCCUACUACCCCAAUAGACCUGACCAACCUAAUCAGUAUGUGAGCUUUAAUGAGUUUAUUUCUCAAAUGCAAAAUAAUGGUGCCCCAACUGCUAGCAACUAUAACAAUGUGCAAUACGAGAGUUAUCCUACUAGACAAUAUAAUUACCAGAACAUGCCUGCCACCCCACACAAUCCCCAGUUAGACAGCUAUGGAUAUGCAGCAACCGCUACAAACCUAGCUGGCACUGAAGCAUACCCAAUGAAUGUACAAAAUCAAUACAACCCAGUGGCAUCUGAUCCCAGUGCUUACACAAACGCUAUGAUACUCAAAUCUAAUCUCACUCCAACAGCUACUGAAUUUGUGCCAAAAAGUUCUAUGAUGACACCGUCAACAAGCACUCAGAACAUUCCUGAAUCUAGUACUGUACAUGACGACAAUGAAUCUAGAAGUAAUUAUAGUAAUGUUAAUGAAUCUAGGAAUCACUACAGUAGUGGGAAUGAUCCACAAACUAAUUAUUCUAGUAAUAAUGAACCUCGAAAUACCAACAGUAGUUCAUCAGACACUAACUGGAGAGAGAGGUCACAGAACUCCCAGAAAAAUGAAAUCCAUAAAUCUGAAUCAUACCACCGUCCACAAGAGCACUCUAGGAACCAAGAAUCUAAUGGUCGCUACCGUGAUGGGCAUUAUCGUAAUAAUGAAUCAAAUGGUCGAAAUUACGAAUCAAAGAGCCGUAAUCAUGAAUCUAAUAACCGCAAUCAGGACCAAGAAGAUAGGCAAUAUGAAUCAAAUAGCCGCCACCAAGAUUCUAGUAGUCGCAACUAUGAGUCAAAUAAUCGUAAUUAUGAUUCAAGUAACAAAAGGGGCCAAGGAAAAUCUAAUUAUAAGUCAAAGAAUAAAGAUGAUGCUCGUACCUUCUACAAUAGCGCUAUCAGUAAAGACAGUCAAGAUGUGAGGAAUGGCAGAGGAGAAGGUUCAGGUCGGGGUAAGAAUUGGAAUGGAACCCAACGACUUCGUGCAAUGGAACGCAAUAGCACAGAAGAUGAACAAUAUGCUAAUACAUACUUACAGGGAAGAGAUGAGAGGUCAGAUAGAGAUAGGGAAAGAGAAAAUCGAGAUCGAGAUAGAGCACAGGAAAGAGAAAACCGGGAGAGGGAAAGAGCACUUGAGAGAGAGACCAGAGACAGAGAUCGAGCACUGGAGCGAGAAAACAGAGAACGAGACAGAGCAUUAGAACGGGAAAACAGGGACAGAGAGAGAGCAAUGGAGCGGGAACUCCGAGACAGAGAAAGAGAUAAUAGAGAGAGGGAACGAGAAAAUAGAGAAAGGGAAAGGGAAAACAGAGAAAGAGAUAGGAUGUCUAAGUCUGAUAAUGGACCCAGUCCUGCUCGGUCUAAAAGUAAAUACAAUUUUGAUCAAGCGAACAAAGAGAUGACCCAGCGUGAACGUCUCACUGAGCAGCUGGAUAAGGGCACGCUGGAAUGCCUGGUUUGCUGCGACAGGGUCAAGCAGUUUGACCAGGUGUGGUCUUGCAGCAACUGUUACCAUGUGCUGCAUCUCAGGUGUAUUAGGAAGUGGGCCAUGAGUAGUAUGGUUGAGGGCAAAUGGCGUUGCCCUGCCUGCCAGAACACAAACGAGGCCAUUCCUACGGAGUACCGCUGCAUGUGCGGGGCUGUGCGAGCGCCUGAGUACCAGCGCGGCGCCGCAGGGGCGCACACCUGUGGUCGCGCCUGUCGUAGAGCGAGGGCCUGUCCGCACCCCUGCACGCUGUUGUGCCAUCCGGGUCCCUGUCCGCCGUGUCAGGCUACUGUUGUUAAGCAAUGUGGUUGCGGCGCCGAGAGCCGCUCGAUCCUCUGCAGCAGCAAGUUACCUCAAGUGUGCGGGCGUACCUGUGGCCGGACCCUGGAGUGUGGCGUGCAUACCUGUACUAAAGACUGCCACGAAGGACCCUGCGAAACCUGUACUGAGACUGUCGAACAAGUAUGCUACUGUCCCGCCGCCAAGUCCCGGUCGGUUCCUUGCACCGCAGAAACGGGCGGCGUCAGUAGCUGGGAGUGCGGCGACGCGUGCGGACGCGUGCUGGCGUGUGGCGCACACGUGUGUCGCGCUAAGUGUCACGCGCCGCCCUGUCCUGCUUGCCAGCUGCUGCCCAAACAUGUGAAGACUUGCCCUUGUGGGAAUACGCAGUUGGCGAAAGACUCGCGCAAAUCGUGCACGGAUCCCAUCCCGCUGUGCGGUAAUAUCUGCGCCAAGCCUCUGAACUGCGGCCCGGCUGGAGACAAACACUUCUGCAAACUUAACUGCCAUGAAGGUCCCUGCCCCGAGUGCCCCGACAAAACAGUUCUGCAAUGUCUGUGCGGGCACUCCAGCCGCGAGGUGCCCUGCGCCGACCUGCCCGCUAUGUACAACAAUGUUAUGUGCCAAAAGAAGUGUAACAAGAAGUUAUCCUGCGGUCGUCACCGCUGCCGCACGCUGUGCUGCGCGGCGACGUCGCACCGCUGCGGCGUGGUGUGCGGCCGCACGCUGUCCUGCCAGACGCACCGCUGCGAGGAGUUCUGCCACACCGGACACUGUGCUCCCUGUCCGCGCGUCAGUUUCGAAGAACUUACAUGCGAAUGCGGUGCCGAAGUCAUCCUACCACCUGUCCGCUGUGGGACUAGACCUCCCGCCUGCAGCGCCCCCUGCAUCCGCGAGCGUCCCUGCAAGCAUCCACCCCACCACUCGUGCCACUCCGGCGACUGUCCGCCCUGUGUCGUGCUCACUACCAAGCGCUGCCACGGUGACCAUGAGGAACGCAAAACAAUUCCUUGUUCUCAAGAAGAGUUCUCGUGCGGGUUGCCGUGCGGUAAGCCACUGCCUUGCGGCAAACACACCUGCAUCAAGACUUGUCAUAAAGGACCUUGUGAUACUGGCAAGUGCACUCAACCUUGCAUGGAGAAGCGUCCCAGCUGCGGUCACCCUUGCGCAGCACCGUGCCACGUGGCGGCCGGCACAUCCUGCCCCAGCACGGCGCCGUGCCGCCGCCCCGUGCGGGCCACCUGCCCCUGUAACCGCAGGCACGCGGAGCGAGCUUGCGCGGAUAAUGCACGGGAUUUAGCUAAGAUGAUGAGUGCUCUAGCUGCCACAAAGAUGUCGGAAGGCGGGUCAGUAGACCUAUCAGAUGUACAGCGUCCCGGCAACAUGCUUAAAACUCUAGAAUGUGACGAUGAAUGCCGCGUCGAAGCCCGCACCCGCCAACUAGCAUUAGCUCUUCAAAUCCGCAACCCCGACGUGUCGGCGAAACUGGCGCCGCGGUACAGCGAACAUGUUCGAGCUACGGCUGCAAGGGAACCUGCUUUUGCCAACCAGAUACACGAUAAACUUACUGAGCUCGUGCAGCUUGCUAAGAAGUCGAAACAGAAGACUCGAGCGCACUCGUUCCCAUCGAUGAACUGGCAGAAGCGUCAGUUCAUACACGAGCUGUGCGAACACUUCGGUUGUGAGAGCGUCGCCUACGAUGCCGAGCCCAAUAGGAACGUUGUAGCCACUGCUGAUAAAGAGAAGUCGUGGCUGCCAGCAAUGAGUGUAUUGGAGGUGUUGGCUCGAGAGGCCGGCAAGCGGCGCGUGCCCGGCCCCGUGCUGCGCGCGCCGCCCGCCGCCGCGCCCGCGCCCGCGCCCGCGCACUCCACGCAGCACGCGCCCUCCAAAUCAACGGGCGGCUGGGCGACACUCACGUCCACGAACGCUUGGGCGGCCCGCAGCCAGCCGAAGCCACAGCCGGCAGCCGCGCCACCCGCCGAGAAGAUCGACUACUUCGACAACCCGCCUGACAACUAGGCCAAUUAGCUCAAAUUAUAUAGCUUAGUCGUACACUCAGUGCUUAUUAUGUCAAAAUAAUUUACUACAUUUAUUUAUGGGGAUCAAAAUUCUGGCCAGGCGCCAUUUUGUAACUAAUUUGGUCUAUGGAACGUGUGUUGGGACCACGGAGAACAAAAUGACUAGCGGAGAAGUCAUAACGGAAAAUUUUCAAAGAAAAUAGCACGCCGAAAUGCAUGUGUUCGGGAACGUUACUAACUCCGCCCUUAUACGUCUUCUUCGUAACCCGCUAAAUUUUUCAAAAACCCAAUCGCCAAUUAAUCAAGACCAAUCUGUUCACAGAUAUGUCUAGAUACCCAAACUUUCGUUCUAAUAACUUAUCGUUUUGGUCACGCCUAUCGCACGCUACGUGACCUCCAAGAAGCCACCUAUAUGCCUUAUGGAAUCUCCGCUCAUCUUUCCUUCCUCCAUGGUUGGGACGUUCAAUUCGAAGUGUUCUCAAUUUGAAAUCGCUGGGAGGGUAUUCUCGUCAGAUAUCAGAGCAAGUAAAUUGUUGGGAAACAACUGGUUAUUUAUUGAGUUGAGAUUGUGUUCAUUAGAAAAUGUUGUAGCAUGUUCGAACAGUGGAAUCAUAUGACUAUGAAUGAAUUUUAGGUUCAGAAUCGAAGGUAACUCUGUCUUAUAUACCCAGUGGUGAUUGUAAUCUACUUAAAUUAUUUUUGAUGUAAUCAAUUUAUUAAUCCCGCACAAAUAAUUUUCAAUGAUGAAUAUACGAUGUUCUCCUAAUUACUUAUUGAUUUAACAAAUUUUAUUCGUGUUUACGAUAUGAUACGAUUUUAUUUUCUUUACUUUUUUCUGCGCUGAGUGUACUUUAACAGACAAUAGAGUCAAUUUUAUAAUUGUUUACUAUUCUUAUUGUAAUGUAUUGUACACUAAAUCAAAAUAUCAAAUAGUUAAUGUAUAGAGUUUUCUAAUGGGGCAACUAUAUUCGGCGUAUUGUAUGAAUUUAUCGCACGGCAGGAAAGUCUGCUUUUCGCAUAAUUAAAUUAAAACAUGUAUGCAUAAUCUCUAAAUUGUAAUAUCUUGUACAUAUCAGCGGUUCUCGAAUUCUCAUUGCAUGUACUUCAGAUACUUUCGAGAAACAACUGCUAAUGUGAACAGGAAAUUAAAAAAAUCUAGCACAAAUGCACGUAAUAUUAAAGCCAGCCCCUUUACACAUGUUGUUUUCCCGCUCCAAGCAUAUUUUGUUGAACAUGUUAGUGAGUGAGUACACGCCUUAACAACCAAACAAUAGUGAAGCACGCCUUACAUUUUAACGUCACACAAUAUAUGUAACGAUAUAUGAUACAUAUUUACAUGAAUGUUUAGAGAAUAAUAAUCGUUUAGAUUUGUAUUUCACAUCUUGCUUUUACCCGACUACGGCGUCACUGGUUUUUAUUCUACCGACUUCCCAAAAAGGAGAGGUUUUCAAGUUCCAACUGGUAUAGUUUUCGCCAAACUUCGCGUGUGUCACUGCGCAGAAAACAUUUUAAAGUAUAGAGGUAAAUUUGCGAAGUUCGCGUUCACGUGCUCGGAAAUUAGCUACAAACCGCCGUCAAGUAUGGCGAAAACUGUACGAAUUUAUGUUGUAGCUCCUAUUUUGUCAACUUUUUAACCUAAAGUUGAUAAGACAACUCCGUGGGUUACAAAAAGAAAGUAAGAUUACAUUAAUUAAAUAUUCAGUUUUAUACAAGGACUAUAUUUUUAUUUAUGGACGUUAUAGAAUGCUCGCUCUGUAGUCGGGUAUAAGUUAAUGAUUUUUAUAUAUGGCACCCAUUCUAUGUGUAACCGCAGAAAGCAUGGUUUGGGUCCGUGACGCCAAUAUACAAUCUGGCCCCAGAUAUAUGUAUACUGGGCAAACUGUCGCAAUUGUUAAUGUUUUUCAAAUUGUGACAUAGGUUAAUAGACUACUUACCGGUUAUAAAUUAUAUGAUUACCAUAAAUGUUGUUCAACAAGCUCGCUGUUAUCAUCAAGUUAUUUAUCCAAGUGAUCUAUCUUGUUUAUAUUGUUACGCUUCUUUCCUUAUAAAUAAUUAUCAUGUCUCACACGGAAGAUUUAGAAUACAAAAUGCACAGUCUUCGGAACGAAUGAAUUUUAUUUUUUUAUAAGGAAAGAUUGAGAACUACAGAAAACUAGUUUCUUAAAAUUUAAUUUGAUAUUAUUUUAAUUGACGAUCAUUUACUACCAUUAUUUUAUUGUCGUUAAACGUUUACUGGCCUAUUGCGAUUUAUUCAUUUAUUCUCAUAAUUGAGUGUGGAAGUAGGUACCCCCAGUGUUCCUUUUUCUCUAAAAACAGUCUAAAUUACUACUUAUUUUAGAAAAGAUAGGCACAGAAAAAUGUUCAAAAGACUUCCAACUGAUAUUUAAAUAAAUAAAUUAUUAACUAUUAAUGUCAAUUUUGUUUUACAUAUAUUUUUCUGUGGCUUUCUUUUUGACACGAAUUAAAGGUGAAGGGGGAUGCGUCCUUAUGAAACAUUUUCGAAAACUUCUACGUAGAAAUCUUUAAAAAAUAAUGUAACUGACUUAAAUUCGCUGUUGUACAGGCGACAAGUGUAUUAAAGUGUUACAUAUUUGUUA